UGAAACAAUGGCGAGUUUGGGUCGAAUGUCUUGUUUCCUGUUCAGAUCGGCACGUCAAGUGUCGCCACGAAAGCUACUAAGUUCAACCGCACGUGUCGAAUCUAAUAAAGUGGCUAUGGUUUUGUCCGGUUGUGGCGUUUACGACGGCUCAGAAAUCGUCGAAGCUUCCGCUUGUUGGAUACACUUGAGUCGUGCAAACUGUGACGUCAAUUUCUUUGCUCCUGAUGUCGACCAGAUGCAUGUGGUUGAUCACGUGACAGGUCAACCAGUGGAAGGAGAGCAACGGAAUGUCGUGUCAGAGUCUGGUCGCAUAGCUCGUGGUGUUGUUCACCCACUGUCUCAGAUCGAUGAUUCGUCGUACGAUGCCCUAGUCUUUCCUGGAGGAUUUGGAGCCGCAAAAAAUCUUUCUUCGUUUGCAGUUGAUGGUGAUCAGAUGAACGUCAAUGCUGACGUGGAACGAGCCAUCAAGAUGUAUCACGAUGCAAGGAAGCCGAUUGGAUUGUGCUGCAUUUCUCCAGUCCUAGUUGCAAAGGUAUUACCGGGGUGCUCUGUCACUGUUGGUCACAACACUGAGGAAGAUGGCAAGUGGCCAUAUGCCUCCACAGCUGAAGCCAUCGAUAAAAUGGGAUCGCAACACGUCGUGAAGGAUUUGAACGAAGCACACAUCGACGAGAAAAAUCUUAUAGUGACGUCACCUGCAUUCAUGUGUAAUGCCAAACCUCAUGAGAUCUAUGAAAGUGUUGGUGCAAUGAUUACUGCUCUUAUGGCAUUGAUAAAGAAGUGACGAAACGAGGAUUGUCGACUUGUUAUUCAAACAUGGAGCGACUGUUUCAUUUUGUAACGUAAUUCAGAUUAGAUUUAUGACUAAGAAUGCAAACCGUCAUCAAUAAACCUGCCCAACAAUUGUCUACACUGUUUUCAAAGGAUGUGCUUUAGAAUCCAUUUAUACCAUCCAUUGUAUCCAACAUGAAUUGAUUAAUUGAUUACUAUAAAUUUAUUAUAAUAAUUAUAUAUAUAAGUAAUUAAUAAAUUAAUGUCAAUCUAAGAUGAAUUUAUUAAUUAAUUAUUAUAAUAAUACAAUAACUUUA